AUGUUUGAGAUCCACAUGAGUUCGUUUGGAAGCUGCCUUGGAGGGCAAUAUAAUUGUACAGUCUGCUUGGCGUCAGCCACAGAGAGAAUGCCCACCAUCCAGAGUGACCUCAGCCAAGGGAUAUUCAAAUUUCUUCACUCGAGUUAUGACAGAGUGGGACUGUGCGGAAAAGUGCCGACGCUCGGCCAUAUACUCUAA